AUGCCUGCCGCAAGCACGCUCGGUUACUUCACGACGAAUGCUAUGACCCCACUGGUGGUCAUUGCCGUAGUCGUCGUGUAUACAGCAUACUCUAUCGUGCAGUAUGCACAGCUUCGGGCCUUCAAAGGCCCAAAAUGGGCCGCCUUGUCGAAGCUCUGGUUGCUUAAUUGCGUUCAGAGCGGGAAGAUGCACCACAUUUUCCACGAUAUUAGCAGAAAAUAUGGGAAAUUCGCUCGCAUCGGGCCCAGGACGCUGCUCGUCGCAGACGUGGAGUUUCUCCGCAAAGUCAAUGCGCCCAAGAGCAAGUAUCACCGCUCAGACUGGUACAAGGGAUCUCGCUUUACUCCGAACGAGGAUACUUUGAUUAGUAUGACUGAUGAGGUUGAGCACAAGUCCUUGCGAUCAAGGAUGAUGGCGGGCUACAACUUGAAGAAGGAAAACGAGCGGUGUGAGAGCGCAAUUAACAGUCAACUCGGCGUUAUGCUCGAUCUCAUUGAGUCAAAGUAUCUCUCGGAUCCAACCAGCGGCAAAGUCCAGCCUUUGGACUGGGGCUACCUGGCGAGCUACUUUUCCAUUGACUCCAUUACCGACAUCUCCUUUAGCCAGCCCCUUGGCGAUCUCAAGGAAGACAAGGACAAGUGGAAUUUCCUCCAUAACACUGAGGAUAAUCUCAAGCCAAUGUCGUUUUUCACAAUCUACCCCGAAAUUCUCAACAUCAUCCCCACUACCCUCAUGGUCAAGUUUCUUGCGCCUCAUCCGGACGAUAACAGCCCCUUUGGCAUGGUCAUGGGUUUCGCGCGUAGGUGCGCCCGCGAGCGCUAUGGACCGAACAAAGUCGAAAAGAACGACAUGCUCGGCGUGUUCGUGCGCCAAGGCAUGACACAACAUGAAGCAGAGCGAACUGGGCUGCUCCAACUUGUUGCUGGCUCGGACACAGUCGCUACCUCUCUCCGGGCUGCCAUCCUGUACAUCGCCAGUGACCCAUCCAUUGUGUAUCGCAUCCGCGCCGAGCUGGCCGCUGCUGGUGUCUCUCCAAACCGCCCCACGUCAGAGAUCAUCAGCUACAGUGAGGCGCGAAACAUCAAGUAUCUCAUCGCCGUGGUCCGUGAGGUGCUGCGUAUCCAUCCACCAGCGAUUGCAACGAUGGAAAAGCAACUGGGUAACGAGGACGAUGUUCUUCCGGACGGGCGCGUCAUCCCCGCUAGGACCAUCAUUGCCCUUUCGCUGACCACGAUUCUCCGGGAUCCGGAGGUCUUUGGCUCGGAUGCAGAUCUUUUCAGGCCGGAGCGAUGGCUCGAGGACAUGGACGAGGAGAGGAAAAAGAAGAUGGAUCGAGCGCACGAGCUUAUUUUUGGAUCGGGACGGUUCAUCUGCCUCGGUCGCGAGAUUGCGAUGAUGCACAUUGUCAAGGUGGUUUCGGAGAUCUUCUACCGAUAUGAUGUCAAUAUCAUGACACCGGAAAAGCCAUGGCACAGCCUCGCAUUCGGCAUCUUUGUGCAGCAUGACCAAUGGGUCAAGGUGACCAAACGGGAUCUCAGCCGUGAAGGGGUUCCGCUGUCCAUUGGCGUGACGGAGAAUGGGAUGGCCAACGGCGCUCUACUGGGAGAGGCCCCGGUGCAUGUGUCCGCUUCGAGGCAGUAG